AUGCCACAGGUGGGAGCUGUGCGCCUCGUCCCCAGGGGGAAAGUCUACAAACAGAUCUUCGAGGCUGAGGUUCAGUUAGUACGCUCUUUGGAUGAAGUAAGGAAGAGCAGAUUUUCUGUAAAGAAUGAAGGGCUCGGUUUGACUAGAGAUUCAGAAAUUUCUGCUGAUGCCAAGCUACUACCGUGUUACCAGGAGAAGUAUGUUGCAGGAACGCCCUGCAGUGACUCUGCAGCAACACCACUGCUGUACAGAGAAGCUACAAUAUCUCAAAAGGUUUGGAAAAGUGAGGAUGUAAAUGCAGCUGAGGAAGUCAGAGGCCUACCUGAUUUUGAUGCAGUUCCUGAGGAAACACGGAUUAGUAUCUUGGAAGGUCUGUCAGAACGCCGGCGAGGCCGUCAUGAUGAAGCUCUAACCUCAUUGUACCAUGAACUUGCCUGCAUUGGCAGGGGUUUGGAAGAACUGUGGAAUGCCAUCCAUCAGGAAUCCUUGACCAGAAGGAAGUGGAUUAGGGAAAUGGAUGAAUCCCUAAAAAAGAUUGAAAGCAGUCGAGCUGAUAAAAUAACAGAUGUACUGAGGAAGUAUACUUUGAUACUGGAGGAAAUUUCCUUCUUCUUGCCAGCUGAUGUUUACAGGUUCAUGAAUGAUGAGGCCAUGAUGAUUAACAGAGCAUUGUUGGCUAAUCAGAGGGCAAUUGCCAAGCUGUUCUUUAAUCUAAUGAAAUCAGAGAUGAAGAGGGAAUUAUCAUAUCAAUUGAAAUGGCAGGAUAGAGUCAAGGACUGGAAGCUCAUCCGAAAGAACUCUGUAGUUCACAGUUUCAGUGAUUUAUUGCCUCCAACACACACGAAAGCAGAUAUGAGUGAAUGGUACAGAUCCUUGGUGAAUUUAAACAAAAGCAUAGAUACCCACAAUGUGCAGCGUAUGGUGAAAAUACGCAUCCAGUACGAGCUGGUCCAGCAGAAGUGUAUGGCAGAAGUGCAGCGCUGCACGGUUAGUGUGGUGGCUUUGCCAGUUCUUGGAAGGAUCGUUGGUAACAGCAGUAGCCUAUUGAAUCUGAACAUUUGCACGAAAGAAGAGGCUGAAGAAAUUGUGAAUUCUGAGCUACUUCAGUUGACUGAGAAACUAAAAAGUCGGUUUGAAGAAGAACUGAAGCAGAUGGAUAGAGACUUUGAGGAGCUGGCUAAACAGAACGAGCAGAGUUGUAGAGACUUGUACAGCUACUUUCAGGAGGCCAUGGAUCUCUGGGAUGUCCAUCGAUCCAAACUGUCCCAGCAGGAGGGUGAACUUCAGAAGAAAUUAGGUGAAUGCCGACAGAAACAGGAUAACUCAAUACAGAUGAUGGAAACUAAGCUGGAUGUAAUUUUGGAUAAAAUGAGAACAGAGAGCUCUGAAGAAAAGAUGAAGAAAUAUUUAGAGAAUGCCCUUUCUUCUUUAGAUGGCAUUAGAGCUAGGUAUGAGAAACUCAACAAAGUUCUAAUGGAUGAAGUAGAGGCUUAUCCAGAAGCUAUUUUGUUGGAAUUGGUUUCUUACAGCAGAUCCAUCAGCGAGUAUUUUAAUGUAAAGGAAAUCUUCAAACAGAACUUGCAAGGAGAGAUAGACUUCGCAUUUCGAGAUCAAGAACUUCGUGAGGCUUCAGAAGCUGAAUGUCAGCAGCAAGCUGAGAGCGUUGUGCAAGACAGUGAAGGAGAGGAAACAGCAAACAGUUGUCAACAAGAAAAUGAAGAAACAAACAGAGCUGAGAACAAAGAGAUCUUUGCACAUGAAACAGAGGGAAAAGAAGAUGGGGAGAGUAUUGUUCAUGAAAGUCAAGAAAGAGAACAUGCAGAGCAAGGGGCUAUGUGCAAGAGCAGCAAUGCAGAAAGGUCUGAAAUUGCCACUGAGACCUUUUCCACUUCUAGUGGAAACACUUACACGGUUCUUGGAAUUGAAGAGGCAGGGAAGACUGACAUUCCAGAAACUUAUUUUGCAAAAUAUGAAAAAAAGGAAUCACUUCCUCUGUACCUGAAAUAUGUACUUAUCAAAGAAACCAUGGUUGUGGAGCUGAAGAAACGGAUUCGCCUCUACUUUUUUGAACACUUGGAGAAAUGGUUUGCAGAGUCCUUAUCCAACUCCUCUGUCUUUGUAGAUGCCAAGAAAGAAGAGUUAAAUUCAGAACUUCAGCUGCGCCUUCGCUUGCAUCAGCAAAGGCAGGAGAAUAUAGAGAAAAAUAUCUACAAUGUUAGAGCUGUGGAACUGUCUCUUCACAAAGAGCAUCUCGAGUGCCACUGUGCUGGGCUGGUGGAAGCUAUGAAAAAGGAGAGAGCUGAAUUUCUCAAAUUUUGUGAUCAGCAGGAUAACCUCAGCAAAAACUUACAUUCACGCCUCCGUGAUAUAGAGUCUGUCUUCCUCAGUGCCCCCAUGACUAAAUUAUUUUCGGAGGGAGGUAACUUUUCUCCUCCAGAGGUAAAAUCUUUCAGCAAGCGUCUUCAGAAAGAAAGCAAGCAUAUUGACUCUUUUGAAAGAUCGAUCAAGACAGAUAUGGAGAAAAUGGAAUCGAGCUGUUUGAAGCAGGCUACUGAACUUAUCAAUGAGGCUGAAAAAAAGUUCCAUUAUCUCCUUACAAAUCGAACCUUUAUGGAGAAGAUUCAACGAUUUUUGUCAAAUCUGCGAGUGAAAAUCAACUCAGAGGUAGCAAAUUCUAAUUUUCAGGCAGCGACAUUAAACUCUUAUCUGGAGCAGCUCCAUCAGAAGAUAGAUGCUUGUACUCAUCCUACUGCAGAUAAAGAGGCUGUGUCUUCUGAAGAGUUGUAUGAUUUUGCUAAAGUGGUGUUGAAAGAACUGAAAAAGAGGAGCCAGUAUCUCGACUGCUUGCUAGUGAAAGCAGCAAGCCCGCAGGAGGAUGAGGAUUUCACCCCUCUUGCCACAGAUGUUACGUUACAAGGUCCAGUUGCUGUUGCCAUUCGAACAGAGCGUUGCAGAGAUGACAACAAAAUUAUGAUGAUAGGGCUGGAUCCUGUUAAAUUUCCUUUGUUAAAUCCAAGCAGAAGGGGAAAGUCUCCACUUGAUGAUUUAUCAAUAAGUGUUAUCAAAAAUUUACUUGAGAAAAAGAAAUCCAUCACACCAGUUUUCAGUGACCAGAAAUUCCAGAUAUUUGGAGAGAAGCCUCCAGAAUCUGAGCCUAAUCGUGACUUGUUUGAGUUAUCAGUAACUUUUCUGUUUUAUCUUGACCUCCUGAAGGAGUUCUAUAAAAAACAGAAGCCAAAAAUCAUAGUGCCUGAAGAUCUGCCAGAGACAUUUGAACAUUGUGCAGAAGUGUUUAGGCAGAACCUGUUGUCAUACCAAAGGCAAACAGAUGAUUACUACAAUUCCUGUCUCAUAGAAUUUCAGGAUCAGCUGAAGCUGUUUGAGAAGGAGCUCCCUUAUGUCUCCCAGUUGGCACUUGAGGGUCUUUUAAAAGAACAUGAGCAAAAGCUAAGCUAUUCUACUGGUCAGAUUUGGCACCUCUUCAAUAAACAGCUGGAAGACUGGGAGAAUGUGAAGGCUGCGCACCAGAAUCAGUUACAUCCCUCUCUGGGACACCCGGACAACUUCCUUCAGCUGGAUGCUUUGUGCCAGGAGGAAAUAAAAAGGCAAAAAGACCAAGUUGAUGGUAUUAAUCUCAACAUACAGAUGCUGCAGAACUGUGCUGCUGAGUGUUCUCAGAACUUCGUUUCUGCACUAGCUGCCCUCACUGAAAAGCUGCUUCUGGAAUUGGAUGGAAGUAUCACUAUUGAUGAUGUACAAGCAGCAAAAACUGAAAUCCCAAAAGAGAAGACAUCCCCUUUAAUCCAUCGUAAACAAGCUGGACUUCAUCUAGAAACCUGUGAAGCUGAACAGUUAAUUGAGCGUGGAGGAAGGACCUGGCCAGGGAUACCCAUGACUACUCUUUCAGACAGUUCAGACUAUAUUCUUUGCAGAGAAACUGCAUCAGUUACAACAGCUAAGACUACACUGGGCCAUGUAGCAGCAGUAGAAGCAAGAGAUGCUGUGUAUAAGAAAUACAAAUGUAAACUUGAGCAGCAGUUUGCCCAGAUCAAGGAAGAAAGUGCAGCUCAGCUGCUGACAGCUCGGCAUUGGGAAGAUUGGUGGCAACGAUCCAUCCAGAAGAUUAAGCAGCUGUAUACACGAGAUCAGCCAAAUCUUGCUGAUGUCCCUCCGAUCAUUGCUGGCAUAGAUUGA